UACGACAUCGGGAAUGGAAAGCAAACCGUGUACUUUUUCCUCUGUCCUAUUGGAGUCCCAAGUGGCACAACGGGCGGAGAGUAGCUUCUGAACAAUGUAUUUCUUGUCGUCGGUCAUCAACUUCCUCAACUUCUCGAACUCUUUAUCGAGCGCAGUCAUCAAGCCAUGCAGACUGUCUCCGAGAGAUGUCCAACUCAUUCCUUUGCUCGUACGGCGCUCGAUCUCGUCCAGAAUGUAUUGCCUGCUUUUUUCGCUGAUGAAUCUGCUGAGAUCAACAGUUAUCUGGCCGGUCCGGCCAAGCUGUCUGGCCAAAUCUAUCUCCUUCCUCAUCCACUCAUACGUCUUUGGAGCACCAUGCCUUCCUUGUCGUUUAUCUUCGAGCUCGGUACAUGCAGCAAUCACGCACUCAUUUGCGUCGUUCCAGUCGGCGUCCGUGAUGACAAACUGGUCAAAAAAGUUGGAGGCGUUCAUGUAGACGUCGAGGAAGCAUUUCAAGGGAUGUUCCGUCUUGAGCCAGAUGCAAUAUUGUCGAAGUUCGUGUGCAUCAUGAUAUUGUUUCGCGGUGACCACACGCUUCUUGUUGGAAUCCAUUGGAUAGGAUUGAAGUUGGGGGACGGUCGAGCGAACAAUGGGGUUUAUGUAGUCCAGCAACAAUCUUGCCCGAAAUUGUCAAAGGGUGUCGACGACAAUCCUCAAGGCACCUCCGAGUCAAGCCGUACAAGACUCUUUCAGGUUACUACCAUGAGGACUGUCAGAUGCGCCACCGAAUGGAUGACUUCCCGUAGGAAUUAUUCGCAGGACACCAGACAAUUAAUUUGUGCCACCAAUAUAAGUGAACCUAAGCGAAGAUGGCCGGACAGGCUUCGCAAAAACUGCAUCAAAACCAACUUACAACGGCCUCCCUACCCUGUUGUAAACAGGUUUUUGGUGUAAGCGAGGGUCCCAUCAAUAGUCCGUGCGUCGCAUAUAAUACCGUUAAUAGUUAACUGCAGAAUAAUUGCAGCGGGAAGUCACCCAAUCUUCCGCAGAGCACAGACUCUUCGUUCCAACCACUAUACUGGCUCAAGCUCCUAAAAUUUCGGCUGAAUGAUGAGAAAGGUGAAGAGGGAGAGACUGAAGCUCAAUCAGUAUCGGGAACCCACCGAGUUCAUCCUGGUUAUUUUCUUGUUGACAACCCUAACUCGAAUGACAUGUAUGUAUACAACAUCGAGUCCGACUUAUUCGAAGUUCUUGAUCCCCAGGUCAGACCCUGUUAGACCUCACUAAGUCCUACACGUCGUAAAUGUUAAUGAGGAGGCACCAGUAGGCACCUUCCUAUGUUCAUAAUUUACAGUCCUCAAUCCGCUACGGACACGCUUUCAAAACUUCACCGACGUCCGCAGCGGUCCGCUUGUGUUACGCGCGACAUUUUUGCCAUCGGA